AUGGCGCUGCCGGAGACCAAGCAGUUCGGGACACAGCUGACCAGACUCUCGAAGAAGUGCCAGUUGUCAGGCAGUGUGUUCAUCACCCAGAAGAAGUAUGAUGGUCGCACUAAACCCAUUCCAAGGAAAGGCUCUGUAGAAGGCUUUGAGCCCUUGGACAAGUGUCUGUUCAGAGCUCCUGAUGGGAAAGAGAAGAUCAGCACCAUGGUGAGCUCCAAAGAAGGGAACCCAAGUUUCAGAUGGCUGGCUUACUCAAACCUACCAGGAGUUAACACGGAUGGGCUGAAGGAGGGGGACAGAAAGAAUGACAGCAGGAAGAGCAAAGCAGCACAGGGAAGGGUUCCAGAUACCCUGCUUUCACCAACUAACCACCGAAUUACUUAUUUUUCCUAUGGUUUUUACUGUUGGCCUCAAAGCUAG